GGGCUCGACAGCAACGACUGGUGGCUCGGGGCUGGGCUCGACAGCAACGACUGAUGGCUCGAGGGCUGGGCUCGACGGCGGGUGGGGGGGUCUCGGGUCUGGGCUCGACGGUGCAGGGGCUGGGCAGGACGUGGAGGUUUGGGGGCUCGUUGGGGCUGGACGGCGCAGAGGCUUGGUGGCUCGUUGGGGCUGGACAACUCAGAGGCUUGAUAGGAGCUCUGGGAAGAAAACUUGAGUGCUUCUGUUAGUCUUCAGGUUUUAGAAAUUACUGAGAAGUUUUACACAAUGGCUGCUUCCCAUAGUAUUGCUACAGACUAUGGAAAACUUGAUUGAUUCUAAUAUGCAAUCUUGAGAACUAAAGAAAGCAUAAAGGGAUGAUAAAUUGUGUAGCUGGGUUUAUAGUUAUAUGAUCUAAAAUAGCAUGAAUAGAAAAUUGAGGAUGGGACUUGAGAAGCUAGCUUGCAAGUUAUGAUUAAACAGGUUUCAAGUUUGGAAAAAUUACCAGAGAAGCUUGAAACAGUUGGUGCAUUUCAAAAGCUGCCCAUGGUGAUGCAAUCUUUUGAUAUUCUUUACUCAGCAAUAAAGAAGGCCAAGAGAGUUUCUCCAACUAAGGGCAUUGCCAACAUUGCAAAGCGAGAGAGAAAUAGCGGUGCAAAGCAGCUUGAUGCGCUGAUGAAAGAAUUGGCAGCUCCUUUGAGGACUUACAUGGAGAGUUUUCCAAAGAGACAUACCAUUCAUCCAUAUGAGCGAUCUCUUAUUGAAUUGACUCUUGGAGAUGGAAAUUAUCAUUAUAUUAUAUCAAGAAUUAUUGUUAUAAGGUAAUCUUUGACAUUAUUU